GCGUGUGUUCUGCUUGGCCCGGAAAUAGAACUGAGCAGGAGGAGACAGGGCAAGGACACUUGUAUAAUUUUGACGUGCUCAAGUUCUGCUGCUUCUGUUUGAUUGCACCAAAUCCUUCAAUAACAUGCUGUGUAGAAUCAGCUUGUGUGGCAGGACAAGCCUUCGAUUAGCCCCAACUUUGGGUUGCUUGGCCUCCAGACAGAAACACACUUUACCUGAUUUGACCUAUGAUUAUGGUGCUCUUCAGCCGCACAUAAGUGCAGAAAUCAUGCAGCUGCAUCACAGUAAACAUCAUGCUGCUUAUGUCAACAACUUAAAUAUUGCAGAAGAGAAAUACGCCGAGGCUCUGGCUAAAGAAGAUGUAACCGCUCAGGUGUCUCUUCAACCAGCCCUCCGUUUUAAUGGAGGAGGUCAUAUUAAUCAUUCCAUUUUUUGGACAAACCUUUCACCCAAUGGUGGAGGAGAACCUCAAGGUGAACUCCUAGAGGCCAUAAAACGUGAUUUUGGUUCCUUUGAUAAAUUUAAGGAGAAGUUGACGGCUUUGUCAGUUGGUGUUCAAGGAUCAGGAUGGGGCUGGCUGGGAUAUAACAAAGACUCAAACCGCCUGCAGGUCACUGCAUGUUCUAACCAGGACCCUUUGCAAGGUACAACAGGUCUAAUUCCCCUUCUUGGAAUUGAUGUAUGGGAACAUGCGUACUAUUUGCAAUAUAAAAAUGUCAGACCUGACUACCUCAAAGCCAUUUGGAAUGUCAUCAAUUGGGAGAAUGUAACAGAGAGAUAUAGAUCAUGCAAAAAAUAAGCCUUCUGAUCUAUCCAGUUCUGUCUAAUAAUAUAUGCACUUAAAAUAUUGUGAUUUGUAGUUAAGCUUCAUUAAGGUAUUUUGUUUGUUUCCAGAAGGAAAUCUUUCAAAAGUUUUCACUUUUUUUGAAAAUAUUAUCUUCUAGAAAUUAAAAGCACUUAAAGGUCACAAUACAAUUUUUGCCUGUUUAAUGUCAGAAUAGAGAAGAAAGUUAAGUCCCAUCUAAAAUAGGUGUUGCAUUCAUUCUUUUCAUUUAAAUAUUAAAUGAGUUGAAUUAUUGUGCUUUUGUUGCAAUAAAGAUGAUUGUCAAUUUAAA